AUGAAAGAUUAUAUUUCAUCUCCUUUAUCUCCAUCAAAUAAAAAGAUGCCAGAUAAUCAAAAAAUUUCACCAACAAAUACACCAAUUAGAAAAAAGUUAUUUGAAAAUACACAAUCACCAAUACAUUUUAUAAGUAAUAAUAAUAAUAAUAAUAUUACAACGCCAGCUAAAGGAUUGGCAUCAGUUAUUAAAUUUAAUAGUAGUAAUUAUGGAAAUCAUCAUCAUCAACAUCAUCAUCAACAUCAUAAUAAUAAUAAUAAUAGCACUGUUUCAGGCAGUGCCAUUAAACAACAUUUAAAUAAAUCAACAUUUUCCACAAGUGGUACAACAUUAACUUCAUCAUCAGAUGCAAUCUUACUUCCAGAGGAUAAAGUUCCAAUGAGUGUAUACCUUCGUAUUCGUCCACUCUCUAAAAAAGAAAUUGAAUCAAAAGAAUCAAAUUGUUUCACUGUUUUAAAUACAACCUCUGUAUCUAUCAAAUCAUCAAGAUCUGAUUCUGAUUCAAAUAAAUUUUCAUUUUCUUCGGUUUUACCACCAAAUACAACUCAACCACAACUAUUUAAAACUAUUACACAUCCAUUAAUUCAAUCAUUUUUAACUGGUCAUAAUGUACUAUUAUUGGCAUAUGGUGUAACAAAUGCUGGUAAAACUUAUACAGUUAGUGGAAGUAAACGUAAUCCUGGUAUUAUUCCAAGAUCAUUAGAUUUAAUUUUCAAAAGUAUUCCAAAUAAUUGUUUAAAAAAAACUGAAAAUUUAACAUUAAGUAAUAAUAAUAAUAACAGUACCAAUAAUAAUAGUAAAGAUUCAAAAGAUAUAUUAGCUGAUUCAAGUGAUGAUGAAUAUACAAAAGUUGAUAAUAUUGAUUCAAGUGAUGAAGAUGAUUCAAAUGCUAAAAUUAAUAGUAACCUAUUAGAAUCAUUUUCAACAACAAAUACUACAGCUACAACAAAUGCAGCAGCAGCGGCAUCAUCAACAACAGCAACAUCCAAUGGUGAUGUAAUUCAAAUAUCAGACCAAUUUAAUUACUCAAUUUGGAUAUCAUAUUAUGAAAUUUAUAAAAAGAAUAUAUAUGAUCUUUUAGAUGAUUCACCAUCAUCAAAGAAAAAACAAUCAUUAAAGAUUGAAUCUGAUAAUUCGGUUGUUAAUAUUAAAGGUUUGAAAGAGAUAUUGGUAUCAAGUGUAGAGGAUGCACGUGAUAUUGUUGAACAAGGUGAAUCCAAUAGAAAAGUUGGUGGCACUAAAUUGAAUGCCACAAGUAGUCGUAGUCAUGCAGUACUCACAAUUAAAUUAUUUACAUCACCACGUCAUAUACCGAAAUCCGAUAUUCAUCCAUCCCAAAUUCGUUGUAGUAAACUUUGUAUCAUUGAUUUAGCUGGUAGUGAACGUGCAUCACGUACUGAAACCACUGGUGAAACUUUUAAAGAAGGCUCAAGUAUUAAUACAUCUUUAUUCACACUUGGUAAAUGUAUUGAAGGUUUAAAACAACAAGCAUUACAACAACAACAACAACAACAACAACAUUCAUCAAAAAGACAAUCAAUCCAUCAUAGUAAUCCAAUACCAUGGAGAGAAUCUGAUUUAACUAGAAUUUGUCAAGAAUAUUUUUGUGGUAAUGGUAAAGCAUCAAUGAUUGUAAACGUUUCACCAAGUUCAUGUGAUUCUGAAGAAACUCUAAAUGUUUUACGUUUUUCUGCAAGUGCAAAAGAAAUUACAACUCUUUCAAAAAUUAAACCAAUGGUUUUUCUACCACCACCACCAACAACACCUUCAAUUUCUUUAAAAAAAAGAAAAUCAAUGGAACAACCAAUAAAUAAUAAUAAUAAUAAUAAUAAUAAUAAUAAUAAUAAUGCAUAUUACAAUAUAACACAACUUCAAAAUUCUGUAAAUGAAAUUAAAAAGAAAAUUCAUUUAGAUAAUUUAUUAGCAGUUGGUCAAUUACCAAUAAGUAAUAAUAAUAAUAAUAACAAUGGUAAAUUUGAUUAUAUAUCAAUGGAAAAAGAUCAAUUAUUAGAUCAAAUUCAAAUUUAUCAAAAGAAAUUAUCAAAUUAUGAAAUAAAAUUUGUUGAAUCAGAGGUAACAUUACGUGAAGAAUUUAAUAAUGAAUUAAUAAAGAAUUAUAUAGAAUUGGAGAAUCAAUAUAAGGAGAGAUUAGUUAAAGAAUCUCAAUUAAUUCAUGAUAGAGUUCAAAGUAAAUUAUCAUUAAUUAAAAAUGUAAAUAUUAAUCAAACUAAUAAAUUAAAUUGUAAAAUUGAAAAAUUGGAAUUACAACUAGAACAACAACAACAAAAAACCAUGGAAGCUAAUAAUAAAGCUUUGGUUAUUGUACCACAAACUAAUAAAAGAACUGAUGAUGAAUGGAUAAUUGAAAUCACUGAAGUUCAAACUGAAAGAGAUAAUAUUCAAAAUAAAUUAAAUUCUAUACUUUUUGAAUUGGAUGAACAAAGACAACAUAAUCAAUUCUCUCUUGAAAGAAUCCAACAAUUUACAUUACAAACUGAACAAUUGGAAAUUGAAAGAGAGAAUCUACUAACAGAGAUUGAAUCUAUGCAAUCCAAAGGUCAAGAAUUAAUUAAAUUGAGAGAAUUGGAAAUGAUGCAAUUAAAAGAAUCAAUGAAUUCCGAUGCUCAAAAAGAUCGUGAAAAUUUAGAGAUUCAACAUAAUUUUGAAACUUCAAAUCUAAAUAAUCAAUUACAAAUGGAAAGACAAGAGAAACUACAAAUUAUUGAAGAAAUGAGAAUGUUGAAAUUAGAAUUACAGCAAUUUAAAUCAAAUCAAUCAAUUGAACAACAAAGAAAUAAUAAUUUAAUUAAAAAUCAAUAUUAUAAUCAUAAUCAUCCAACAGCAGCAACAGCAAUGACAACAACAACACCACCAAUAAUGUCAACACCACCAAUAAUGUCAACACCAAUAAAGAUUUCAUCAGUUGGUAAAUUUAAAGCAACACCAUCAAAAUCAUUAAUUAAAAAUAUACUUGGUGCUCAUUCAAAUUCUCCAUUUAAAAAUGCAAAUAUUGAAAGUUCAGUUGGUGGUGGUUUUAAAGUUCAAUUGAAUAUUCCAGGAUCACCAAUUCAAUUAGCACCUGGUACUCCAAACUCUAUUCAAUCUCAAACUCCUGAUCGUCCAAUACUAGAUCCAAAUCAAUAUAGUGAUAGUGGUCUAUUGAUGCAAGAGAUCGAUGAUGAUGACUAUUUAAAUAUUACUGGUGGUGGUAGUGCUAAUGAUGGUAAUUGGACCGAUAUAAAUGUAAAUGAUGAUAGUGCCUCUGAAUAUGAUGAUCUUAACUCCUCUUCAAAAUCUUUCACUAAAAAACCAAAGAAAACUAAAUCCUUUGGCACCAUAAAAAGAAUUAAAGCAGUCGCUAUGAUCCCUGCUAAUAUCGCUUCCUCUGCUUUAAAUUCUAGUACUACAAAUAUUGAUGAAAAAGAAAAAUUAGAAAAAUUAGAAAAAUUGGAAAAAGAAAAAGAAAGACUAGAAAAAGAAAGAUUAGAAAAAGAAAAAGAAAAAGAAAGAUUAGAAAAAGAAAGAGAAAAAGAAAAAGAAAGACUAGAAAAAGAAAGAGAAAGAUUAGAAAAAGAAAAAGAAAAAGAAAGAGAAAGAUUAGAAAAAGAAAGAGAAAAAGAAAAAGAAUCAAAACCAAAAGUUGUUAAAAAAACUACAUCCUCUUCUUCUAUUAUAUCUAAAAAACCUUCCUCAAAAACAACUUCUUCUUUAACCAAUAAUAAUAAUAAUAAUAAUAAUAAUAAUAAUAAUAAUAAUAAUAAUAAUAAUAAUAAUAAUAAUAAUAAUAAUAAUAAAUCAAUUUCACCAAUUAAAACUGUACAAUCACCAAACUCACCAUCUCCAACUAAACUUCAACCACAUUCAUCACCAAAUACAAACGCUAAAGAAUAUUUUAAUCUUAUGAAUCCACAAGUAAUUAUUCAUUUUAGAGAACCAGAAACCAAUUUUGUACCAUCUGUCACUGCCAAUACAACAACUUCAACUUCAACCUCAACCUCUAAAAGCUCAAAGAAAACUUUAGACUCUUUAAAAGAUACUCCUAAAAAGAUUGCAAAUAUUUUCUCUUCAAAAUCUUCAAAAGAAAAAGAAGCUUCCACCUCUAGUAAAUCCUCUUCAAAAAUUAGUUCUUCAACAUCAACCACUUCAACAGCUCCAAAACUAAAGAGAUUUGCAGCAAUUACUGCAAGUCAUUCAAUUGAAAAUGGUUCAGAAUCUUCACCCAUUGAAGUUGACACUCCACCAAGAAUAACUAAAAAACCUCCAGUACCAAUUGUUUCAAAGGUUUCAUCUAAAAAAGUUUCUUCCUCCUCCUCCUCCACUUCCUCCUCCUCUUCUUCUGCCGCCACUAUUAAGAGAGUAAGAAAAAUUGUAAAUGAAAAAAAGAAUUAUUUAGAAGAUGACGAUGAUGAUGUUAUAACCAAAAUGGCAACAGAAACUCCACGUAAAACUUUAGGACUAAGACCUCGUAAUUUGAUUUCACAACCAAUCCAAUUUAGGUAG